GACAAUGUCCACAUCGUCAACUACUGACUCGGUUUCCUUCAUCCUCCUUCAUCCGAAUCUUCUUUGUCUGAAACUACAUCCAAAUCAAAUUUCUCAUUCACCUGAAUUCUUCAUUUCAUUGGAUUCAACACCCAACAUUUUCUACCCCGUGUCAAUCUUCCAAUUUUUCCUCACACAGUUUGUUAGAUCAUAAUCUCAAUCUUCAUCAUCAUCAUUCUUCAACCACUGCAAAAAUCCACUUCUUCUGCAAAAUUCCAAUCUGAUAUGAUUUUUCAUUACCCUUUUGGAUUGAAAAUCAAAAUUUGAAUCUUUUCCCAAAAGGGUGUUGAGAAUUUCCAUUGUCUUUGUGUUUCAUGGAUAAUUAUGGUUCAUCUUCUUCUCCAUACAGGUAUCCAAACCCAUAUAUGUACCCUCCCAACCCUCAUCAACCAUACCCACCUCCAGGUUCAGCUCCUGAUCCAUAUGCACAUCAACAUCCAAAUGCUCAUGCUCAUGCUCCUUAUCCAUACCCUUAUUUUGCUUCACAAAAUUCCUUCAACUAUUCCUACCCUGCACCUCCUAGGUCACAUUCACCCCCAACCUCAUCAUAUUCUAGCCCUUUAGAAUAUCCCUACCCCCCUCCUCCUUCUCAAUCACAUUCACAAUCACCCCCUUCAGCUCCCCCAUUGGACUUUCCUCAAACACCUUACACUCAUUCCCCCUCUUACCCAUACCCUUACCAUGCUCCUCCAGGGACUCAAACUCAUAGCUCUCCCAUGCCUACCCUUUCUCACCAUGCUAGUUUACAACAUGGGCCACCAUCCUCUCAUUACUAUUAUCAACAAAAUGAGGCUUAUUCUGAACCUCCUGGUGGUGGUGGUGGUGUGAAUUUGCAUGCCAAUAGCUUCUCUGGUCCCUACUGGUCAGAGCCCACAGGAGGUGGUAAAGUAUCACAUUCACCAUUACAAUCACAAUCACUAUCACUAUCACAAUCACAAACCAGUGAUCAUGAUUUCAGGCCUUCUCAGAGUUCUGUGUAUCCACCUUUGGAUGAUCUCAUGAGCAAUGUUAAGUUGUCUGAGAAUGAGCCUUCUGCUCCUGCAUCACCCCCUGCGCCUGCAGGGCAGUCACUGUUUCAUUCUGUUUCAGUUCCAAAACCGCAACAGAAGAGAGAGGACUUUUAUGGAUAUUCUAAUAACUCAUUCUCUGGUUGGGGUUCCUCAUACCCGGCCCGGGUGGAUUCGUCGAAGCUUUCAGAUUAUUCUGGUUCGUUUAAUGAUUCAAUGCAUAGUCAGAGCUUGCAGAUUGUUCCCACACAGAAUAAAGGGUCCUUGAAAGUUUUGCUCCUGCAUGGGAAUUUAGAUAUGUGGGUUCAUGAAGCCAAGAACCUUCCAAAUAUGGACAUGUUUCACAAGACACUGGGGGAUAUGUUUGGUAAGUUACCUGGUAGUGUGAGUAAUAAGAUUGAAGGAACUGUGAAUAGGAAGAUUACCAGUGAUCCUUAUGUGUCGAUUUCGAUAUCGAACGCGGUUAUCGGGAGGACUUUUGUCAUUAGCAACUCUGAGAAUCCUGUUUGGAUGCAGCAUUUCUAUGUUCCUGUUGCACAUCAUGCUGCUGAAGUGCACUUUGUUGUUAAAGACAGUGAUGUUGUGGGUUCACAGCUCAUUGGCAUUGUGGCAAUUCCAGUGGAACAAAUAUACUCAGGAGCAAAAGUUGAAGGAACCUACCCUAUCCUAAAUAGUAAUGGGAAGCCUUGUAAACAAGGUGCUGCCCUGAGCUUGUCAAUUCAGUACAUCCCAAUGGAGAAACUGAGCAUUUAUCAUCAAGGAGUUGGAGCAGGGCCUGAAUACAUCGGUGUUCCGGGCACGUAUUUUCCAUUGAGGAAAUGUGGAGCUGUUACUCUAUACCAAGAUGCUCAUGUUGCAGAUGGAAGUCUCCCUAAUGUGUUGCUUGACAGUGGGAUGUAUUAUGCGCAUGGAAAGUGUUGGCAGGACAUCUUUGACGCCAUAAGUCAAGCUCGGCGUUUGAUUUAUAUCACAGGAUGGUCAGUGUGGCACAAAGUUAGAUUGGUAAGGGAAAUUCCUGGUUAUCCAUCAAAUUACACCUUGGGUGAUCUCCUGAGGACAAAGUCACAGGAAGGAGUAAGAGUGCUUCUCCUUAUUUGGGAUGAUCCUACAUCAAGAAGCAUUUUGGGUUAUAAAACAGAUGGUGUCAUGGCAACUCAUGAUGAGGAAACUAGACGAUUUUUUAAGCAUUCUUCGGUGCAUGUGCUGCUUUGUCCUCGCAUCGCUGGAAAAAAACAUAGCUGGAUCAAGCAAAAGGAAGUAGGAACAAUAUAUACACAUCAUCAGAAAACUGUAAUUGUGGAUGCUGAUGCUGGAAGUAACAGAAGAAAAAUUGUAGCAUUUGUUGGUGGACUUGAUUUAUGUGAUGGGCGAUAUGAUACUCCUCACCAUCCUCUCUUUAGGACAUUGCAGACGCUGCAUAAGGAUGACUAUCACAACCCUACUUUCACGGGUAAUGUCGGUGGUUGUCCACGGGAGCCAUGGCAUGACUUGCAUUCUAGAAUUGAUGGCCCAGCAGCUUAUGAUGUUUUAACUAACUUCGAGGAGCGCUGGUUAAAAGCUUCAAAACCGCAUGGGAUUAAAAAAUUGAAAAUUUCCUAUGAUGAUGCUUUGCUCAGGCUGGAAAGAAUUCCAGAUGUUAUUGGCAUAAAUGAUACUCCUAGUGCUGGUGAUGAUGAUCUUGAAGCUUGGCAUAUUCAGAUAUUCCGGUCAAUUGAUUCAAAUUCUGUGAAGGGGUUUCCAAAAGAUCCCAGAGACGCAUCUGGCAAGAACCUAGUAUGCGGGAAGAAUGUGCUGAUUGACAUGAGCAUACAUACAGCAUAUGUGAAGGCCAUUCGUGCCGCACAACAUUACAUUUAUAUAGAGAAUCAAUAUUUCAUCGGGUCUUCUUACAAUUGGAGUCAACAUAAAGAUCUUGGUGCUAAUAAUUUAAUCCCAAUGGAAAUUGCUCUAAAGAUUGCUGAAAAGAUAAAAGCAAAUGAGAGGUUCGCAGUAUAUAUUGUUAUACCAAUGUGGCCAGAGGGUGUUCCUACAGGGGCUGCCACACAAAGGAUUCUAUUUUGGCAAAAUAAAACAAUGCAAAUGAUGUAUGAGACAAUUUACAAGGCUUUGGUUGAGAUGGGGCUUGAAGCAGCAUUCUCUCCUCAAGACUAUUUGAACUUUUUCUGUCUUGGCAAUCGAGAGGCCAUUGAUAUGUAUGAAAAUGUCAGCGUGUCAGGAAAUCCUCCCCCAGCAAAUAGUCCACAAGCAGCUAGCCGAAAUAGCCGACGCUUCAUGAUUUAUGUUCAUUCAAAAGGCAUGAUAGUUGAUGAUGAAUAUGUGAUAUUGGGGUCUGCAAACAUCAACCAACGCUCUAUGGAAGGAACAAGGGACAGUGAGAUUGCAAUGGGAGCCUACCAACCUCAUCAUACCUGGGCAAGAAAGCAUUCUUGUCCACAUGGACAAAUCCAUGGAUACAGGAUGUCACUUUGGGCAGAACAUACAGGAACAAUUGAUGACUGCUUCUUGCAACCAGAGAGCCUUGAAUGUGUUCGAAAGAUUAGAGGAAUGGGUGAAAUGAACUGGAAACAAUUUGCAGCAAAUGAAGCAACAGAGAUGAGAGGGCAUCUACUAAAAUACCCGGUUGAAGUCGAUCGAAAAGGAAAAGUCAGAUCCCUUCCCAGCCAUGAAGAGUUCCCUGAUGUGGGAGGAAAAAUAGUUGGAUCUUUUCUGGCCAUGAAGGAGAAUCUUACCAUUUGAUGAAUUGAUUACUUUUGAGUCUUCCUUAUUCUCCUAGCCAUUAGGAUGAUAUGUAUGUAUAUUAGAAAGUAGAAGCUACACAAUUUUGAAAUGCAUGAUAGUUAAAGAAAACGCAUACAAUGUAUAGUCAUAAACACUUCAAAGGUUAUUCUUUUUGCUUUCUUAGGAAUAACACACAAACUUACCUCCAACAUUCUUGAUUCUUGUCAGACAAGCAUAAGUCUGGUUUUUGUGUAUAUAUACUUUAUGUGCAAUGAUAUUUCUUUUGUAAUU